CUGAUAUAUCUCACACAUUACACUGUGAAUAACAAGUGAAGUAGGACACGUACUUUUCUUCUCAGAUUAUGUGUUUAUGACUAAGGCAGGUUCUUGUUUGAUUGGUGGAUCUCCUGAUGGAACCACCUUCAUAUGAGGAGGCCACUCUCCACCCUUCUGGUCCGGGCACAGCAGCACUUAUCACCUCCUACCACUCCUCUCUCACCAACCCUUCAACACCUCCUCCCACCUAUGUAGAAGCGGUAACAACCCAGCCAGAUUCUUUUCCUGUACUGACUCUGCCAACGGCUGGGACGUCCCGUUCACAAAACACUGGACUCAUAACCCAUCAACUUACACAAAUUGGAGCUUCUGACAGACGCAGACAACCCCAGCCAACAGUAGUCGUAACGCAACCGCAGCCUGUCCCCGUCUUAAUAACACAUCUGGGAGACAUCCCUGGUCUGGUAUCCUGCCCACACUGUCACCAUGUGGUCACCUCUAAAGUCACAUACGUGCCUGGGAACGUUGCCUGGUGCAUGUGUUUGCUUAUCACACUGAUGGGGUUCAUCUGUGGCUGCUGUCUGAUUCCGUUUGGGCUACGAAGUCUUCAAGAUGUCCAUCAUUCCUGCCCACGGUGUGGAAAGCAUUUGGGCAUAUACAAAAGAUGACACUGAGGAUUGAUAAGGCUCCCCUUGUCCCCAUACCACUCAUGACAUAUUUUUGUCACAACACAGAUACAUAAGCACAUAGGGCAUGCAGGUAUUUAGGUGAUGAUAAGUGUAUGUAAUCUAAGGUAUUUACAGUACACUGAACAUAGAGAUGGACAGAGGACUGGCUUCUGCCGUUUAAGAAGUUUCUAUGAGGAGGAUUUUAUGUGAUUUUUUUGUGGCUAACAAAACUUCAGUUUACAAGACACAGAGGGUGAGUUUAUGAUAUCAAAAAAUUUAAAUUUUUUAUGACCUUUCUUUGACAUUUAUGACACAGUUUUGUUUACAUUGUAAAGCACAGCACAUGAGCAUUUUUUUAUACAUAAAAAAAAGUUGGCAUUUUACCCUUUGUUAGAAUGUACUGUGAGAAUUUUAACACAAAUCAAUGAAGAGAAAGAGAACACUGAAUCCAUCCCUGCAUGUGCAUUUACUAAAUGUGUGCAGGAUUCUUUAUAACUUUUCAGAGCACAGAAAUAUAUAAAGAACAAGAUAAUGUCCGGUCCAUGGACUUAAUUCAUGUUUUUUUGUUUUGGUUUCCAUUCAAAUGUACAUACAAUUGUAUUUUCUAUAUUUAAAUACUGAAAUAACAAAAUCUGUAAUAUUUUUUUUUCUUUUUCUAAUGUAUAUAACUCUAACAUUCAUUUUUACUUUUGAUGAUGAAUGAGGCAACUUCUCCUGACUUGAAUGCCAGACAUGAUUUUCUUUUAAGCAAACAAUGCCUAUUGAAAAACACAUUGAUUUAACAGGCUCGGAUGCAUUUUUCUGCAUAAUUAUUCUUUCAAAGGCCCGCACAUUCAAAUUCAACAGCAGUGAAACUAACACCUUAAUUAUUCAUAUUGGUACAUGGAAGUAUGGUGACCUGAUGCAAUUCCAGCUCUGCCCAGCAUCGACACGCACAGGUGUAAUCAACCAGAGCAAGCGAACACACGCCCGUGCGGGUGGGCAGGGCUUCUAAGCAACAAUCUGUCAAGUAUUAACACAGGCUUGAAAUCUGCUAAACCUCAAAUUAAUUGACAGAACGUUUGUUACAAAGAGGUACACAACCAAAUAACUAGAAGUAAAACAAUACAGUUUUUGGAGGGUGUAAAAACACAUUUAGAUGAGUGAAGUUUACUCCUAUUGACAAGUUGUAAUUUGAAAUAUCAGUCGAGAAACACAAAAACUUUUUGUGUAUACUUUGACUCAAAAUGAUCUGGUUAAAAAUACACAUGGUGUCUUCAUAUUAUUUACAUGCUAUACAUACUAACAUACUUAGUCAAUUUCAAAUUCAAUUCUAUGUCACAAAGUUGCUUUUACCUUAAUUUCCAAAGGUAAAAUAACCACCAUAACGACAAGUUAUUAACUAUACUAUAUUAAACAGAUUUGUAUCAUAUGGUACAGUUCUAUUAUUAUAUUUUAUGAUUAAAUUAUUUUCACUGACUUGA